AUGGCAAAGUUGAUAGUAUACAUUGCUUUUUUCAUCUGUUGUCAAGCUCCCAACGCACGUCAAGCAGGACAAAGACAAAAUGGAGAAGUAAGAGCCGCGGAGAUUAUCACAGAUUAUAAAGCUGAUGAGUUAUGGGAAGAUGGUCGAUUAAUAGCGACAACAAAAGUAAACAAAUCAACGCUGAUGAAUUAUGGUACAAUGGAAGAUGGAAGAUCGUUUAUUUUGGAGGAGAAGCCAUUUCUGUUUAUGGAAAACUCUUUUAAUUUGAUAAAGUGA